GUUUCUGACGCACAAAAUCUAAUUCCUAAAACACGCACGGGUCGUUGAAUAUAUUUAACUGCUGCCCAUUGGGGGUGACUUUCUUUGAAUUUGGCUCUCACCGGACGGAACAUGCGCAGUGGCGCGGCGUGCUGCCUUCAGUCAGUGGAGCAGCUGUCCAGGAUUUGGAAUUCCAACAUGGCAGAGGCUGUGGUCAGUCUUUCCCUGACUAACUUGGAAUGGUUUCAAAUCGAGAGCAGCUUCGCUUGAUCGCGGCGAGUCCCGUGUUCGUCCCUGCGUUCCGCGGAUCGAUGGUCCCGUAAACUGUGACUGCCCCGUCACCUCACACAGGCUUGAAGACAUGAUCACUAGCAGCAGUAUUUAUGGUCUAAAGAUGCAGUGGACCCCAGAGCACACACAAUGGGCAGAACAACACUUUGACAUCUCAUCCACUACCCGCUCCCCAGCACACAAAGUGGAGGCCUAUCGGGGGCACUUACAGCGAACAUACCAGUAUGCGUGGGCAAACGAUGACAUCUCUGCACUGACUGCCUCCAAUCUGCUCAAGAAAUAUGCAGAGAAGUACUCUGGGAUCCUAGAAGGCCCAAAUGAGAGAGCCCUGCUGUGUGCCUACUCCGAUAGCUCCAGUGGACUCGUGAAUGGACGAAAGUCGGAGAAUGAGUCCUGGCAGGAGGGGAUUUACCCAAUGAACUGUGCUCCAGAUGUUAUAUCUGUGAGCAAAGCUGGAAUGACAGCUGCCCUCCCCCCUACAGACGUGUCUGCGAGCAUAGGAAGCUCCCCAGGGGUGGCAGGCAGCUUGUCUGAGCCUAGCUACUCAAGUAGUAACUGUGGGAGUCAUCCAGCCACCACUCUUCACUCGGGCCUCCCCUCUCAGGAAUAUACUGCCAGUUACAAUGGCUCUUACCUGCAUUCCAGCUACAGCAGCCAGAGCACCCCCGCCCUCCCUUCCCCUCACCCCUCUCCUCUCCAGAGUGCUGGGCUUCUACAACCCCCUCCACCUCCACCUGCUUUAGUGCCAAGCUACAAUGCUGGGUCUCCCAACCUUCCCAACUACAGUUAUCCUCCAACAGGGUAUGCUUCACAGACUGCCGUGGGUCCUGGGUAUAGCCCUGGGGGAGCCCCACCACCACCUUCUGCUUAUCUACCGUCUGGCAUUGCAGCUCCCACUCCAAUACCUCCCUCCACUUUGCCUGGAUACACCUACCAGUCUCAUAAUCACACACCAAUCACACCUACACCUUUGAAUGGCAGCUCGUCCAACUCAUUAAAACGAAAAGCUUUCUACAUGAGCGGACAUGGAGAUGUGGACUCAAGCUACGGUAAUUUCAACUACAGCCAACAGCGCUCCUCACAGAGCCCUAUGUACAGAGUAGCAGACAGCAGUGUCUCAGACUCGAACAGGGGCACUGGCUUUGAAAGAAACACCGAGCCAUCGUCUUUAGCUUUUAAACCAACUAAACAGCAACUGGCUUCUGAUCAACAAAGAAAAUUUAACGUGCACUCUGGCAGAGCGCUAACUCCUCCAUCUUACGGAUCAACCAAAAACUCUGCAGGAGAUCUAAGAACUGGCGAGCCCUACAGCAAGUUUGGGUCUCCAAUCAUGAGCGAGCAAACUGAUGAGCACAGACAGCACCUCUCCCACUCCCUUUCAGGGCCUGAUUUAGGAACGGCUACCUCGUCCAUCCAUGCUGCAGAGGAACAAUUAAAGAACAGUGAUUCCAACCUGGUGGAAAUGGUCAACACGGAAAUCCUUCAGCAGGGCUCUCCGGUAGACUGGACUGACAUUGCAGGUCUGGAUAUGGCCAAAUCAACUAUUAAAGAGGAGAUAUUGUGGCCUAUUUUGAGACCUGACAUGUUUAGCGGACUUUCCACAUUACCUCGGAGUCUGCUAUUGUUUGGACCUCAGGGAACUGGUAAAACGCUACUGGCACGCUGCAUGGCCAGCCAGCUGGGGGCCACUUUGUUGCGGCUGAGUGGUUCAGCACUGGUGACCAAGUGGCUUGGAGAAGGAGGCAAGAUUAUCCAAGCUUCUUUCCUUGUAGCACGCUGUCGCCAACCAGCAGUAGUCCUAAUCAGCGAUGUGGAUCUGCUGCUGUCUGGCCAGCUUACCGAGGAGAGCCCUGUAAAUCACCUCAAGGCUGAGCUUCUCAUCCAGCUCGAUGGUAUUCUAACCUCCGCAGAGGACCAUGUUCUUGUGGUCUGCUCCACCAGUAAGCCAGAAGAGAUACCCGAGACCUUACGGAGGUACUUCACUAAGCGUUUGCUCAUCCCAUUGCCUGAUGGAACCGCACGCCAUCAGAUAAUCAGCCAACUUCUCUCGCAGCACAACUAUUGUCUCAGUGACAAAGAAAUUUCAUUAUUGGUUCAGAGGACAGAGGGUUUUUCUGGACUGGAUGUAGUCCAGCUGUGUCAAGAGGCUGUCGUUGGCUCUCUCCAUGGCAUUCCUGGGGCUGACCUUCCCAGCAUCCAUCCCAGUCAGAUGAGACCAGUCGCGUACCAAGACUUUGAAAAUGUAUUUUGCAAAUUCCAGCCGAGCAUAUCACAAAAAGAGCUUGAUGUGUACACUGAGUGGAAUAAAAUGUUUGGCUGUAGUCAGUGAAUGGAACCAGUUAAACACAGUUUCCUUAAAAUGUGCUAAGUAAAAACAGUGUUUGGUUCUUUUCAAACAAUAAGAAAACAGUGGUGAUAUCAGCAUUUUAUCUAGAGUUAUGGAAGCAAUCUGGACAUCCCACAGUGUUACGUGCUUAUUAAAGUAAAUUUAAAAGGAUGCCCCACUUUUUUGUAUAUAAAUAUACAAAUAUAUAUAGAUAUAAUGCUGAUUUUGAGAUUUUGUUGCUAUCAAGUGCCUGAGAUGGUGCUGUUUAAGUUUCAUUUUGCCUCACAAUCUUCAUUGGUGGUGUGCUUAUAUAAAAGAGCUUUACAAUGUGAAAGAAACCUUUGUUUUUUUUACUGCAAAAAGUGUUCAGCUUUGUCUGUUUUGUGCUCUCCGUGAACUGUUGUGGUUAAUUUCAGCUGAGUUAAAUUGAUUGGCAGAAUUUUCCCUGAGCAUAAUUACCUUGCACAGGUUUUAUGUGUGCAUGUGAUUUAUUUAAUCAUAGCAAAAUGGACAUGCACAUAUCUUUCAAAUUGUGUUUGCAUUAAAGACUUAAAUUUGGUUGCAGUAGCCCUUCCUUGGUAGGUUUGAGGAUAAAUUGGUCAAUGUGAUUUCAGUUUAAAUUAAUGCUCUCUAGAACUCUUAGGAUUUGUGAUAAAGAUGUGUUAAAAGCUUUAAAAUAUAUUUUUUAUUGGAGGAGGUUGAAAUGAUAAUGAAAUAUUUUUGCAGAUCCCAUAUUAUAUUUUGAGUACAUUAAUUUAAUAAGAAAUAAUAGUAUUAAAUCCCCACUGCUAUUGAUGCCCUUUCUUACAUUACUUUUUAAACCUCAUUUGCCAACAGGAGAGCACUAAGGGUGCGUUCACAAUUUCUUAAAAGUGACUGAAUAAAUUUACUCAAGUUGGAUUUUUCUACAUUUUGCAAUGUCUGAUUAUGCUAUUGCAGAACAAGAUUUAUUUAUUUUAAGGCUUUUUGCACAUCUUUAAGUUUGGAGGUUGUUAGUUGUGAAAUUCCUAAAAAUAUUUCUACAGCUAAUUACUAAGAGUAAUUCACACAUAAAUGUUGUACUAUAUUUUCCGUUUUCUUUUUGAAAACUCAGGAAUGUGUUGGUAAUAUGUACUACUAAGCUUGUAUUAAAAUACUACAUGUGAUAAACAUUUGCCUCACAUUUAAAAUUGCAUCAUUAAAAUAUAAAAGGUUUUUUUGGUAGCUCAAGAAUCUCAAGACGAGAAGGUUCCUGCAGUGAAUGUAUGAGGAGAUAAUUAUGGUUUAUUUGCAAACCUUAAAAAUCAAUUUGUUUAGGAUUCUCAGCUUUUAUUUAUUUUUUAAAUAGAAUUUGGUAUUGCAAUUACGGGUUUGCCUUUGGAAAUAAUGGCCCCAUUGUGUGGGUGAAAUUGCAGCCUUGAGCUAAUACAUUUUACAUUUUUGAUUUUUUUUUUUUUUUUCUUAUUUCCUGCUGGCUGCAAAGUCAGAAACCUUCACUUACAACAGAUACAAUGAUCCCGUUAUUUUAAUCCCAGCUUUGAGAUUAAAGUGUUCAACUUGUGCCGAGAGAAAUUUAAAAAUGCAGACAAACAUCUCAAGGUUGAGCGAGACAGCUGAUCCGUUGCCUCCUGUUGCCGUUUUUAUCGUUCAUGAAAACCCAAGGAUUAUGUACAGUGUAAGUUCCUUUGUACCUUAUGUUUAUCUCUGAAGGACAAAUUCACAGUGACAUCAAAAUGUCACAGCUUGCCCAUCUUAUUUCAUGAUGAUACCCAGCUAAAAACAAAAAGUAUUUUUGUGUAAAAUAUGCUUUACAUUUAUAUUUUUUUUUUGUUGUUUGUUUUUUUAAUGGCACACUUUGCCUUUGCCUUAGGACAAUUUGGUUUUAUCAUAUUAUUUUCAGUGCCUGGCGUUGUUGCUGUACAUUGUUUGAACCCUGAACCUGCAAAAUCAGAAAGAUGUUACAGAAACCCUAGUGAUUCUGUGUUCAUACUUUGUCUUAAAGUCUUUCAAUAAGAAGUUUACACAAGUGAUUUUACACUUUUCUUUAUCUCAAAUUCAUUAAUUUAGUCGCAUUCCUUAUAUUCUAAACUCACAGUUUUCGUACAAAAUACCACUUAUUUUUCCUCCCAUAUUUUAAACAGUUGCUCUAUUAUUAAACUGUUUGCUGCCAAUAAUUGCUAAAUUUCCAUAGAACAUUUCCAACAAUGUAUGAGUCAGUCUGAAAGCUUAAUUGGCAAGUAAAAGCACUGAAUGUAUUAUAAUGUGAGCAAAACACUCACACUGAAACAUGCCAGAGGAGAAGAGGGCACUGUUUGGGUACUUGUACAGAAACUGCAGAGGCACUGACAGACUUUUUUUCCUUGUAAGAAGGUGUCUUAAUACAAUAUUUCUUGAUGCUUUACCGUAUUUCAAUCUUCUAUCAAAUGCUAAGCAUUUUCUCAUUGAAACAUGGCUGGAACCAAUAACUUCUCAAGGUCUGGACUUUUAAAGAAUUUCCACGACGAUGGCACAAUUUGAGAAAGUUAUUCCUUAGUCCAGAGUGAUACUUGACUCUACUUUUACAUUAUGUUGAAUGCUUUAUCUGUAUUCCCAGUUAUAAUAUCUUUGCUGCAUUAUCUUUAAAACUGCACAAGUUUGUCAUUUGUAAAAUGAUUAUUAUAAGUCUGUAUAUGAAGAGACAAGUGUGUGUGUGAAUUGAGUGCCUAUAUGUUCCCUUAAGGGUGUGGGUCAUUUAUUUGAGUCCUGAUUACCUGCUGAGUCAGAUUUUUUUAGCUAAGAAUCACAUUGCAAAAUUUUCACAAAUAAUUACUCUGGAGUUUUUUUUUUUUUUUCUGCAUAGAAAUAAAUCUCCCAAAUUAUGUCAAGUGUGUCAUGUAGAGUCACAUGUUAAAAUUGUUUCAGAAAUCAUGUAGACACAUAGUCAUCCUGAAACAUUCAGAUGGCAGUGGUUCCAGUUAGAUGAUGAACAUUGGUUUAUCAUUUAUUGUUUUAUUUUUAACCUGGAAUGAAACUAAAAUCCUUUAUUUUCUUCUGUGUGCCUCCUCAUCAGCUUGCACCCUCACUGCCAUUUCAUCCCAUUUUGUACCACUGAAAGAACUACUAUAUUCUGUACCCAUGCACUGAAACCAUGGUGGUGAUUUAUUUGUGAUUGCAUCUUUGUGUUUUCAUGAACCAUGAAGAUAAAUCAUCAUCAUACCACUUAAUACACCUGAAUCUUGCAUAGAAUUAAAAUUAAAUUAUGUUUUACCUGAAGAUGUUUUAUGUUCUAUUCACGAUCAUGUUGGUUCUAAUCACCGUUUGAGCAGGCUGACUCUUAUUAAACCUGAUGGAAUGCAACUCUAGAUUAAACUACAACUCCUUGAAACCGCCUGUUGGUAAAUAUUGCUUAUUGAUUUUUUAUGUUCACCUUUUCUUACAGUAGACCACACAGAUCCUAUCCAUAUAACUCGGCAAUACUGUAGUAUGAAUGCAAAUAUUUCUAAUUGGUUUUGCAUAAAACAGCUUACCACUUGUAGCUUUAAAACAGCAUUACCUAAAUAAGAGUUGUGGUGGCCACAAAUUGACCUGUGAUCGUUACAAACAGUCCAGUAGUAAAAGGGUCAAUUUAUCCCAAAAUUUGCCAAGGCUUCAAAAUGUAAAGAAGAAAAUUGACCAGAACCUAUUACAUUUUUUCAAAAUAAUUUAUUAAUUGGUGUUCUUGAAUUUUCAGUGCUACCUUUGUGUAUUUACAAAAAACUGCAAACAUUUUUAGCAAUGUCUGUCAAUAGUGGAAACUUGUGACGAUUAUUAAAAACGUAGUCAAUCAACAGUUUACAGCUUUUUAUUUGAGCACAAACUGAAAAGCAUGAAUGGCACAAAAGUCAGAAAAUGUCUGAAAAUACAAACGUCUAACUGUAGUGGGUUGGGUUGUUAUUUCAUUUAAAAUUGGGCAUUGAAACCAUGAGUUGGGUGAACAAGCACACAUCUUACAGGUUCAAGAGCUCAGUGGUGAAUCAGAGAUGUGUGGUAAAAUAUAUCAAUCACCGGUGAUAUCAUGGAUAUUAAAAGAUCUGGUCCCGUCCAGUAAAAAGAAGUUUACAUACACUGCAUAAAAAGACACAACCUAUUUCUCAUUGUCUGACAUUAAAUCACACUUAACUUUUCUUUGGGUAUCUGGGGUUAUCAAAAAUAAUUACUAAUUUCCUGUCAGAAUAAUCAGAGUGAUAAAUUUUUUGAAGAUAUUUGAUUAACUUUU